AUGCAAAUGACCAGGAAUUAUCCGCUUUUAAUGGUUUUCUUAGCAGAGGCAAAGAGAAUAUUCACGAGAAAGCUAGACAUAUUCAGAAACGAGAUUAGAGCUGCAAGUGAUCUUAUUCUUCAAAAUCUUCCUCGCGAUGACUUCGCCACGUGUUUGAUCACAGCAGAUGUCUACCAGGUCAAAGGCGAAUGUUUUUCUGCGAUCAAAGUUACGGCAAACGGAGACUGCUUGUUUAACUCCAGUUCAAUUCUUCUACACGGGAAUGAAUCUCUCGCAAUAUUGUUGCGCCUCUUACAUUUAAUGCGCAGUUUUAUUUUAUUGCUCUUCUGUUUGGAGCAAUACUACUCAAACUAAUCUGGACAAGCUCCAAGCAGUACAGAAUUUCGCUUGUCGUAUUUUGAGCGGCGCUAAAAAAUUCGAUCACAUAACUCCUUUGCUAAAAGACUUGAGCUGGCUACCAAUCAGGCAACAACUUUAUUUUCGUUUUGCUGUUCUGGUUUUUAAGUGCAUGACGAGUUGUGCUCCGGAGUAUUUGACAUCAAAGCUCGUUGGAAGAUCCGCCGUCUCGACAAGGAAUACGAGAAAUUCUCAACUUUUGAACAUACCACUCUUCCGCACUGCCAGCGGCCAAAGGACCUUUCAAUAUAGAGCAACCUCUCUCUGGAAUGAGUUGCAACCUGCGCUCAAACUUAGCCCAUCCGUGACGGAAUUCAAGUGUUUACUCAGGCAAAAGCUUCUUAAUGACUCCUUUAUUUAAUUAAUUUAAUUAAUUUUAUUGACCUUUGUCUUCUUUUAUCAUUGUUAUAUUCUUAUUGUCAUGUACUUGGUUUAUAAUUUUGUAAUGUAAAAUUGACUCUGAAAAGCCCCGUGGGGACGAGCCAAUAAAGUAUGUAUGUAUGUAUGUAUGUAUUGUGACCAUGAUGCUUCUGACGGUAUGAAACGAAGACAAACAUGGCGCUGCGAGAGCGCUAAGUCGAAGUUGUAG